AUGACUGAAGAACGGUCCGCAAUUGAAGAUUCUGCGGGUGCAGAUUCCACGGUUAGGGAUUCCGUCAUUACUUACAGCACUGACGUCGUUGGUAGUAGUGUGGAGGAAAGUCAAACGAACGAAACCUAUUCGACAAAACCGAAAUCAGUUACGAAUGAUGAUUCCCCGCCCUUCUACCGUCGGAGACGUUUUUGGGCUACUUGCGCUGCCUUGAGCGUGGUGAUACUUGUCAUCUUGAUUCCCCUACUCAUUCUCGUCAUAUUUCCCGCGAUUGCACAAAAGACCGUGGACAAUUCGCACUUAAAUCUAAACAGCAUUGUCAUCUCGAAUCCUGGUAAUAAUUCAUUCUUGAUGAGUUCCGAUGCCAAUGUGACGAAUGGUGGUUCCUUCAAGUCAACAAUUGAAUUUCAAACCCCUGUUACGAUGUAUUGGAAUGACAUGGAAAUUGGCAAUGUGGAAUUUGAUCCAAUACAUGUUAGCGGUGGGUACGCUUCUGCCAGUGUAUCCAACAAGACAUUCACCAUUACCAAUGAAACGGCCAUUUCUGAUUUCUCGACUGCGUUGUUAAAUGAGGAUACUUUAAAUGUCACUUUCAAGUCAACUAUCAGCGUAAAAUUUAUGGGUAUCACGAGAGGUGGUAUGUCAUUGAACAAGGAAGUCACAAUUCAAGGUUGUAAUAAAUUAGGCACCCCAAAGGUUACAUACUUUUCUGUCGAUCAACCGGACAACAGUACCCUUCGAAUGAAUGUCACCGUGUCAAUUGAAGAUCCGUCAUCGGUUUCUAUUUCCAUGGGCAAAGUUGGCGUCGGUGUUUCGUACAAUGGCACAUUUAUUUCGAACAUGACCAUAGAUGACUUCAACUUAACGCCUGGUAACCUGUCGGUCACCAUGUAUGGAAAUGCAUCUGUUCCACAAUCGCCCGAAGAUCGUGAAAAUUUUGGAGUUGUCAUGAGCGCUUACCUCACAAACCAUCCGGUGAUCACAACUUCGACAGGAGAAUACGACUAUCCGAAUCAUCAUGACCCCGUAUCAUGGCUCACACCUGCUGUGAAAACAUUGAACUUAAAUGCAUCGAUUGGCGAUGCACCAAACGGGCCGCCACAGCUUAUAACCGGACUUGACUUUGGCCUCCCUUCGUUCAACUUCUCUCUAGCGGGUAUCUCGUUUUCUUCACAUAAUACGGUUGCCUCCUAUAAAUUACCGUUUGAUAUUAGAACAAAUAUUCAACAGAUUUCUCAGAAUGUUACCAUGUACUAUGGUGAAACUCCACUUGCGACCUUUGAGACCAUUCAGUUUUCCGUACAAGACAAUUUACACGGUGCUCUAACCAUGAACAUCCCACCUACCUUGUUGAAUGUGCCCCCGGGCUCAGAAAUCGCAUUUUCAAGUUUCGUCGCAAAAUUGUCGUUGUUAUCUCAGGUGGAAUUUAACAUCACUGGCACUUCCAAUGUUUCAGCGGACACUAUCAUCGGUUUACUUCCAAUACCGAACCUUCCAUUUACGUUGAAUGUAACUUUACCAGGAUUCUCGAACUUCAGUGCCACUCCGCCGAAAGUUAAUUCCGUGACUGUCGUUGAUGGCACAAUCUCUGACUUGAUAAUGCAAAUCAAUGCGACCCUCUUUAACCCUUCUAAUACCUCUAUCUCUCUCGGUGAGGCAAGUUUCGAGAUUGUUUUUGCCAAUUCAACGGUUGGCUAUGCAAAUUCUUCCAUAUCUCUUGUUCCCGGAGCAAACGAGUUGACAUUCACCGCUACCAUGGAUCCCGCGCAUAAUUCCCUUGCUCAACAACUUUUGAAUAAUUACAUGGAAGGGAAUACCUCGGAUGUAACACUCUCUGGUUACGAGAAUUCCACGGAUCUGCCGUACAUGAGCCUCGCAUUAUCCCAAUUAAAACUAAGCGCUCCUCUCUUACCUCUCCCAGGUAAACUGAUAACCAACAGUAAACUGAGGAUUCAGGACGUCUCCGAUGCCGGUGUAAGUAGUGUAGUCGACGUCACAAUGUUCAAUCCGUUUGUGGCCACCAUGAAUGUUCUCACUGUUGGCGCGAAUAUCACUGUCGAUGGGGAUUUACUCGCUCAAAUGCCGAAUGUGGGCCCAUUGGCGCUCCCCGGAAACGCAUCCACCACACUUCCAGGUCUACCGGUAAACAUGAAUCUCGACAGAACUGUUCUCUUUGGUCUUUUGCGUAGACAAGCUCAAUUGGUUGGUUUGGAUACUAGUGUCAUUGAUGCUCUAAUUACCAUCGGAAAGAUUCCGGUUCCCGGGGUACAGUCAAUCACCACCAUCGACCCGGAUAAGAUUAAAAAUUUUGAUAUCGUAUCGUACGUGGAAACCGCUCUUGCGACCAUUAAAGUUGACAUGUCACUCUUUUCAGAUGUAAAGAUUGGUAAAUAUGAGAUGCCAUUUCCUUACGUACAGUUGGACACCCAGAGUCAUACCGAUUCUUCCAUCGUCAAGUUACUCCCACUUCUUUCUAGGCCGAUCGCUCAAGCCCUGAUUGACGGUUCAACUCUUGUUAUUGACAGUCUCUCUCUUCAAGACCUGACCGAGGAUUCUUUCGUCACUGUAAUUAACGGGGCCAUCAAAAACGCCGGUCCGCUGCCUGCCGUUGUCUCUUUCCCGAACGGUGCAGAUUUGAUAUUCAACAAUGCGGAAAAUGCGACCGUGAAUGCUUUGAAAUUAUCGAUUGAUGGUGUCGGCAUGACAAAGGAGGUUUCGUUGAAAGGUGCAGGUGGAUUCAAGAAUGCUGUCACGAUCAGCAGCUAUGAUUUACCCCGUGAUGCUCCUAAUGGUGGCAUCGUUUCCGUGAUUAAUGCAACUCUAGUGAAUCCCGGCUCCGUUGGUAUCUCACUUGAAUCCGUCUCGUUUGAUAUCCUCUCGGGAAGCACAAAGAUAGGUGAAGAAACAUCUUCCGGAUUUACAAUGGUUCCCUCGGGCUCUUCUGAAAUGAAGUUAGUCGGUCGCCUUAUUCCUCAAUCCGGCGAUGGGGUAAAUGUUAUCGCCAACAUAUUCGCCGAUGUACUUAACAAAAAGCCUGUUCCGCUUGUAGCAAAGGGAACCGGACUUCAACCCCCAAUUAGUUGGCUGAUACCGGCGUUCACACAACUGUCGAUUGACUCAGUUCUUCCACCAAAAGAUCUCGGAAAACUUGUACCUUCUGUCACUAUUAAUGAAAUUUCCAUGAAAUUUACCCCGGAUACGGCCUACGACCCAAUUACCUCUUCUAAAAACUUGACAGCACAAAUUAAUAUCCCUUUCGGGUUCACCUUGAGUAUUACGGAGAUGUCGGAAGAAAUCGUUAUUGUCAAUGGUAAUACGAAUAUGGCGAGACUCUCGAUCCCUCAAUCUAAGGCGCAGACCAUUGGUAGAAAUGUUAUCACCACGUAUUCUGACGUAGACCUAAAAGUGUUCGAUGACGCACAUAGCUCCUUCGACUCAUUUGUCAAAGAUCUGACCAUUGGAGAUUCCAAGAAAUUUGGACUCGUCGGAUCUUCAAACGUCCUGGCUAAAACACCGGUCGCAACGAUCCCACUAAAUAACAUUUCUAUAGAUGUGGAAACCAGUUUGGCGGGAUUUGAAGGAUUGAAAGCCAAGCCGGUCACCAUAAAUGGGUUGGAUGUAACAAGCGGUACUUCGAGUGUUCUCACGGUUCCAAUCAAUACUUCCCUAUUUAAUCCAAGCCCAGUUACAAUUUCUGCCGGUGACAUCACUUUCAACGUCAUCUCUGUCGGUCUGAACAUGGGAAGCGUGGUCAUCAAUGAUCUGACCAUCGUUCCUGGUAACAAUAAUCUGUCCGCGACAACAUUUCUUUCCCCACCAUCGCCGGCGAUCAGCGGAUUAUUGCUGUCACAAUUCAUUGCCAACGUGACUCAACCCCUUAGUAUAGUGGGUAGCCAGAAUAGCACAAACAUCGAUAGCUUGAAAGAGGCAUUCAGCCAAAUUAAAAUUGAUACCUUUUUGCCACCACUGGGCAGGAGAUUAUUAUUGUCGAGCUUUGUUGCCUUCCAAAAUGAUACUUUGAAAACAGGAGUUGCAUUCGGUGGAUUCACUCUCCUGAAUCCUUUCAAGGCCGAUAUUACGAUCACCCAAAUAAAUCAGGUGAAUAUCACGUUCCACGGUAUUCCCGUCGGAUCCAUCACCGAUCUUAAGAUACCGGUCACCAUCCCAGGCACUACAACCUUCACGUCUCCGCCAAUACCGAUUAAAGUUAAUCUUUUCCCACCUGAUCUCGUUAAAAUUAUCGAGAAGUCAGCGGAAGAUAAGAACAUAGACAUCAAACCCUUGGAACCUCUCCUCAAGUUGAUUGGUGGAGGAAAGUCACCUUCACCCUCAAAAAGACAACCCACUUCAGAUGCACAUGAUCGAAGUCCCUUUGACUUGCUUAAGACUAUCUUGGCAGAACUGAAUGUCGACAUUAACAUGAAUUCUAACGUUUUAGUGGAUAAGUUCCCGGCAUCACCUUUGACGAUUGUGGAAAAAGGAGUUCCGACUACAGUAAACAACUCCGACAUUAUAAUUACCCAAAUGGCUGCGCCAAUAAGUCAAGGUCUUGUCAAUGCAAGUACAAUCGUUGUGAAUUCGGCGGCCAUCUCUGAUGAACAAGCAACUAGUUUCAAUCUUCACAUCGACGGUGAUAUUAAGGGUAUCGGAGACGUCCAAGCUAAAAUCACAUUCCCAAGUGGCUUGAAUGUUUCCUCAUUAGGUAAAGAUCUUGGCGUCGUCAAAUUGCCACCUGUCACAUCUGAUGGUAGUGGAGCAAGGAUCAACAGUUCAGCCCCGUUCCAAAUCACCGAUGUCAAUAACUUUGCUUUUUUUGCGUUGACCUUGUUGGGCGGUCCUUCGGCAAACUGGACCCUUGCUGCAAAUGACGUACAAGUCGAGGCAUUUGGUAUUCCUUUGUCAGGAAUCCAAAUGAACAAGGAUGUUCCUCUUCAAGGUUUUAACGGCUUACGACAAUUGACCAUUAUCGAAUUCGAAAUUCCCGGAACGGCACCCGAUGGCAACUUUGAACUUGCCGUCAAAGCAUCGUUGGUGAAUCCUUCGAAUGUUGGCAUAGCUUUGGGCGCAAUCGGUUUUGACUUGUUUACCGAAAACCAAUUAAUUGGUCCUAUUAAUGCCACCGAUGUCACUCUUGAACCAAAGUCAACCACCGAAAUUCCAUUCACCGGCGAAAUCACGAUCAAAGAUCCAAAGAUAUUAUCAGAAGUCAUUGCGAAAUUAUUUUCCGGUAAAGGUAAUUUAACAGUCAAAGGCGAUACGAUUCAUCCCCCAGGCGCCAAAGGUGACGUGCCGUGGUUAUCCACUCCAUUCAAGCUGCUUUCACUGGAUGUUCCGAUUUCUAAUGGUAGCGGUCCACCACCUAAUCCUGUGAAGAGUGUCACCAUCAAAAGUAUGAAUCUCACAUUUACCCAGAGCACGGCCUUCGACCCUGACUCAUCAUCAGAUGGAUUGGUGGCCGAAAUUCAAUUGCCCGUUAAACUACCGACCCCAAUCACUAGCGUCUCACAAAAUAUAACCAUCAAAGACGAGAAUGGUGCUGAAGUUGCUUCCUUGGAAAUACCAUCAUCGCCUGCUACUCAAAAGGGAAAUAUUGUGACGACCACCUACCAACAUGUUCCUUUGAAAGUUAUCGACCAAAAGGCAUUUAGUUUGUUCCUUGGCGGAUUAAUGAUUGCUACCGAAAAAUCAUUUAGUGUUGCGGGUAAUGUGACGGCUUCUAUGGGAAAAAUUGAGCUUCCAACUAUUCCAUUUGAUGUGAAAACGAGCAUGAAAGGAUUGCAAGGACUAAAAAGCAGUCCGGUUACCAUCAGUAAUCUGUUAGUGACGGGUGGUAGCGAGAAAGGAAUAACGUUGGGCAUGAAAGUAUCACUUACCAAUCCCUCGGAUGUACAGGUAUCUGCUGGUGACUUAACUUUCGACGUACUGUUCGGAAGUCAAAAGGUUGGCACAACCACAAUCCCGAACAUCGUUCUUGCUCGUGGGAAAAACGAUUAUCCAGCUACUUUCAUAUUCUCUCCAAUUGGUGACCCGGCAGUUAAAGCCGGUGCCGACCUCAUUGGUAAUCUGAUGACAAACAAACCAUCCCCCCUCGUCAUCCAAGGGAAUGCACAAACCACCAACAUUUCGUCCUUGACUCCCAUAUUUUCUCUGCUCUCUCUGGAAACUACUCUUAAUGGUCUUCCCGCUCAAGUCAUCGAAAGUAUUACUGUUACCGUCGAUCCAUCGGUGCUCAAGACCAAGCAGGGUUUGGCCAGUUUUGUUGUUGUGAAUCCACUUAAUGUGCCUUAUAGUAUCACCGGAAUUGUUGCGACGGCAUCUUUUGAAGGGCAAAAAAUUGGCGAAGUUAAUGUACCUAAAGUUCCUCCAACAGAAAUUCCCGCCCUUUCCAAUAAGAAUGUUAGCGGCAUUCCAUUCACCUUCACCAUGAAUAUGGGAAGUCUUCCGGGACUAAUAGGAAAAACCAUAAAUAUUGAUAUCGAUGCUUCGACCUCCGCCGUCGUUGGUCAAUAG